AUGCACAAUUCCCUCUGGGACACCAGGACCAUCUCCUACUCAGGACCUGCUGCCCAGGUAUUUUUACUAAUCUUCUUUCUUGCAACAGAGUUUUCACUCCUGACCAUUAUGUGCUAUGACCGCUACAUGUCCAUCUGCAAACCCCUGCACUACGGGACCCUCCUGGGCAGCAGAGCUUGUGCCCACAUGGCAGCAGCUGCCUGGGCCAGUGGCUUUCUCAAUGCUCUGCUGCACACAGCCAAUACAUUUUCCCUCUCCCUGUGCCACGGCAAUGCCCUGGGCCAGUUCUUCUGUGAAAUCCCACAGAUCCUGAAACUCUCCUGCUCCAAAUCCUAUCUCAGGAAACUUGGACUUCUUUUGGUUACUAGCAGUUUAUCAUUUGGUUGUUUUGUGUUCAUUGUUUUCUCCUAUGUGCAGAUCUUCAGGGCUGUGCUGAGGAUCCCCUCUGAGCAGGGACGGCACAAAGCCUUUUCCACCUGCCUCCCUCACCUGGCCGUGGUCUCCCUGUUCCUCAGCACUGCAGCAUUUGCUUACCUGAAGCGCCCCUCCAUCUCUUCCCCAUCCCUGGAUGUGGCCCUGUCAGUUCUGUACUCACUGGUGCCUCCAGCCCUGAAUCCCCUCAUCUACAGCCUGAGGAACCAGGAGCUCAAAGCUGCAGUGUGGAAACUUAUGACUAGAUGA